GCUCCGUUUUCCUCCUGCUGCCGGCAGCAGCAGCGUUGUCAUUUGAUGAUUCGUGUGCGAUAGUCCGGGUCCUCCUCACAGAGGGGGUUUGAAGAUGGGUGGAGCCGUCGUCUGCUGAGGACCUCGACCAACGACACCCAUGACUUACUCCACUGAACCGCUGAUUGGUGUGCCUCAAACUCUGUAAUGGAAAAUCGUGAUGAUGAAGCUGAGCAGCACCACAGCACAAUGGUGGGAGAGGGGGGCGGCGUGGGGAGCACCACUCCCCCUCCCAAGCGCAAAGGCAAGCUCUCCACCCUGGGCAAAAUCUUCAAACCGUGGAAGUGGCGGAAGAAGAAAAGCAGCGAGAAGUUCAAGGAAACUUCUGAAGAGCUGGAGAGGAAGAUGUCGACGAGGCGCACUCGACAGGAGCUCAUAGAACAAGGAGUGCUGAAAGAAGUCCCGGACAAUGAUGCCGAUCUACAGAGUGCGAAGCCGUCCUACGUGAAGAAUGGCCACACUCUGCCGGUCGGGGUGGGAGGGGGAGGGGGGCUCAUCAGCAGUGGCAGGAGCCCAUGCAACCAGGGCAAACUGCCCCUCGACUCAGACUUCAGGAUGACCCCUGCGUGGCUCGCGCAGCCCGACGACCACCGGGGGCGUUCUCCCCUGGACGGAGACCGCCGCGGCGUUCUGACCCCCAGAGGCAUGGGGCCGCACGACGACGGCCGGAGGAGCGGGGGGAUGGCGGCGCGCCCGCACGGCGACGGCGAGUGGAAGCCCAACGCGGCCUGGCAGGGCCAGAUCCACGGCCAGAUGGAGGAGGGCCGGCGCGGGGGCCGGCUCCACCCCGAGGACGGGCAGAAGCGGCCGGGGCUGCAGAAGGCCCCGUCGGAGGACGGCAGGAGGAGCCGGCCGGCGGAAGCCGACUGGAAGCCCACCCUCCCCCGGCACGCGUCUGCCGAGGAGGGCAGGGCCCGCAGAGAGUCCGACAGUCACUUCGUCCCAGACCCAGAGGCUCUCCGAGACACCCUGCGGGAACCUUUGCCCCCCAAACAGUCGGUCAUGCCUCCCAAGUGGCUGAUGAGCUCCGCCCCCGAGCCCGGCGCCGAGGCCUCCCCCCGGACCCCCUCCAACCACCUGGCGGCGCACUACUCCUCCCCCUCGGCCGCGGCGUCCAAACCCGUCCGGUCUGUGUCUUCUGCCGGGACCAACACCCAGCAGUCCUCCGCCUCGCAGCCCGCCAAGCAGCCGCCGAUGCCUCCGCCCAAGCCGGUGAACAGGGCCAACGCCGCCAUGCUGGUCUCCGCCCUGCAGGGGGGAGAAAAUGCUCAGCUUCCUCUCUACUGGUCCUGCUGGAAGCGCGAGUGCGACUAUGAUGUCUACCUGUCCCUGCCUGUGUACCUGUGCCGGCGGGCCGGGGGCCUGCGCUCAGGUGACUUCACGCAAGCCGCGGGCGGCACCGGCCUCCUGCCGGCCAAGCCGUCUCCCCCGAUGCCCCCGAAGAGGACCACCCCCGUCACCAAGCGCAACACAGAGGACUCGAGCCACCCCGUCACCCCCUCCCCGCUGUCACUGGAGGACCACAGCAGCCUACCUGUGAGCUUCCAGUUGCCUCCCCCGCCGCCCUCCCCGCCGCUGCCCACUCACAUCCCGCCCUCUCCCCCCCGCCAGCACAUACACAGCCACCACCUCCACCACCAGCACUCCUACCCGCACCCGCUGCCCCAACCCAUCCCGAUGCUGUUCGACCCCCCGAGCCCGAGCAGCGAGUCCCCCCAGCGCCCGGCCCCGGUGCCGCUGCACAUCAUGAUCCAGAGAGCGCUGUCCAGCCCGGGCCCGGCCCAGCCGCACCCGGACGGGCUGCAGCGCGCGCACACGCUGCUGUUCGAGACCCCUCCGGAAUACCAGAGCGAUCGCGGCCGCCCCCUGCCGGUCAGCAUCCAGCCGCUCAAACUAUCUGAAGAUGACUACUCAGAGGAGGAGGAAGAAGAGGAGGAAGAGGAUGAUGAUGAGGAGGAGGAGGCGUACGACGGGGAGAUCCCCCAGCCGGAGCUGGAGCCACGGACUCGCCGGUGCCUGGUGGGUGACGCUGGUGUCUGUGUCAUCCCAGGGGGGAAUAGCAGCGAAGAGGAGGAGGAAGAUGAGGAAGAGGAUGACGACAGACAGCAUGGCAUGCGUGGGGAGGACAGUGACUCAGAUGGUCCUGUACUUCACAAAGAGGAAGACUCGGAUGAGGACGAGGAGGACGAGCCCCCGCUGAGCGCCCUGGCCAGCAGGGUCAAGAGGAAGGACACGUUGGCCCUGAAGCUGAGCGGCCGGCCCUCGGCCCCGGACCGGGACCGGUUCAGCCAGGAGAGGAGCAGCAGAGACGACCUCCCUCCGGGACAGACGGGGCUCACCUGGCAGAGCCGGGAGCAGUGGGAGGCCAUUCGCACCCAGAUCGGUACGGCGCUCACAAGGCGACUGAGCCAGAGACCCACCGCUGAGGAACUUGAGCAAAGAAACAUCCUGCAGCCCAAAAAUCAGGCUGACAGACAAGCUGAGGUCAGAGAGAUCAAGAGGCGACUGACCAGAAAGUUGAGUCAAAGGCCCACCGUUGCAGAGCUACAGGCGAGAAAGAUCUUGAGGUUCCACGAGUACGUGGAGGUGACGGACGCCCAGGACUACGACAGGAGGGCAGAUAAACCCUGGACCAAGCUGACUCCAGCUGAUAAGGCAGCCAUCCGGAAGGAGCUCAACGAUUAUAAGAGCACUGAAAUGGAGGUUCACGAAGAGAGCAGAAUUUACACAAGGUUUCAUCGGCCGUAGUGUGGCCACUCGUGGAUAAUGAAGCACUUAAGAUGUUAGUGGCCAGAAGCUGCUCCCCGCGCGGACGGAUCGCCCUUUUUAGAUUUCCAGAAUGUACUGUAUAGCCGAUCAGGGAACGGCCUGGAAUUCGCUCAAAGCAGGACUGCUUCUCGCUUGCCCUCCAUCGCCCUCUCAACCGCAUUGCUUUCGCUGAACCGGAGUGGUGGUGGGCGGAGACCAGAUGCAGUAUUUCUCCCGGACGUCAGGGGGGACCACGUGCCAAUGAAGUGUGAAGGUGGCAGAGGACCUGCGGGGCGCGCUCUCGCCCUGCUGCCGUGUGGGACCCCUCAGGGACUCGGAUCGAGUGACAAACUUUCAAGCGGCCUCAUCUGUGUUGCCUUUUUUUUUUCUUCUUUAACUGUACAUAGGAAAGCUAACUCAUCUUGUUAAUGUAAUAACAUACAAUAAUAUCAAUAAUAAUAUGAUGAUCUGUAAUACUUCACACAGUAAUAAUAGAUUAUAGGAACAAAACGCUGCAUCCAGUGAGCUUUGGAGGGUGAAGACUGGGACUUUGUGCUUUAGGACUGGACAUCUCUGGGAUAUUGUGUGUUUUAUAUUAAGUGUGUACAGACUGCUAUUGUGAUACUUUAGAAAGAAACUGGGAAAGAUCUAAUUACUAAAUAUUCUGUAAUGCACAAGCUAUUUUAUAUUGUAAUUUGGAUCACAUGAAGUAGUGGCGGUUUUUAUUUGAGCCUGUUGUUUUUAUUUGGCUUGCCUGUGUUUGUGGUCGUGAUGUGAGGUGGCCAUAAGCGUCAAGCUAGUUAUAGGAAAAGGUGCCAGUCAGGAGGCUGUUGGUGUUUUUCCCUUGUGCCAACAUACCCAAUGCCUAAAUGACGAUAGGAUUUGUUUUUUCUUCUUCUUCUUUUUUCAUAUCACUGAUUUCUGCAAUCCACCGCAUGAGCCAACACAGAGUCCACGACCUCUGGAUCUGGAUAAUCCCUCUUCAUUUAUACUUUUUUUAAUGGGUUUUUGUACUUCCCUUUAAAGAUCGAACAUGCAAUGCAUUCUGUAGCCAUUCGGAUUAAGGUCGUGCUGAUUAACGUCUUAAAUGUAAGUUGCUGUGAGUGUAGAUCAGGGAUUCACCAAAACGAGUCAGAAAAUGUAUAAACGGUCAACAGGGAGUUAAUUUGAAACCAUGGAAGAGUUUAAUCUUGUAUUCUCAUCAGGCCAGUAGCGUACAGGGUUCUCUAUACUGUGUACAGGUUGAUAUGGAUUUAAAUGAUGCUUCUGUAUAUCUUGUCUUCCUUUCAUUUGAAAGAAAUUUUAAAUAUAAAAGUAUUAUAGGUUGCUAUUUUUUUAAGCACAAAUUAGUUUAUGAUUAAAUGCUAAACAAUGGGAAUAUGUAAAGUGUAACUUUUAUGUAAAACUAAGUUUGUUUUUAAUUGAAUGUGGAAAUGUUUGAGCUGACUGAUUUUCUUUUUAAUUGUAAAUAGUCACAUCUGGAUCUAAUUAAAAACCUUUUAAUUGCU